CUUGGUAACAUGUAACAUAUAUGCAAUGUAUGUAACUGAUAUGCUGUGUAGCAAGUAGAAUUGUCGUUGAUCAUUAAAAAAAUAGCAAUAAAAUGAGCGAAUUUCUUAAAUCUGCCUUUGAUUAUUUUAAUGCUGGAACUAACGGAGAAAGUGAAAACAGUUUCGUAGGUCAAUCAGUGGAAAUUUCCAAUGUAAAAUUAAAAAUUACAAAGGUUAUUGCAGAAGGAGGAUUUGCUGUGGUUUUUGUUGCCCAGGAUAUUUCUUCAGGGAGAAACUAUGCUUUGAAGCGAUUACUUGCUGCAGAUGAACAAGCUAAACGCAAUAUCGUACAAGAAAUAAACAUUUUAAAAAAGCUGUCUGGACAUCCAAACAUUAUUCAAUACAUGUCUGCUUCUUUUUUGGAUAAGAACCAGACUGAGCAUGGUCAGUCAGAAUUUUUACUAGUAACAGAGCUUUGUUCAGGUGGUUCUUUAGUUGAAAUUUUAAAGAUAAAAAAUGAACCUUUUGAUGCAGAAAAGGUGUGUCAAAUAUUCUACCAGACUUGUCGUGCUGUUUCUCAUAUGCAUUCACAAUCUCCUCCUGUGACACACAGAGAUCUCAAGAUUGAAAAUUUGUUGUUAUCAGAAGAUGGUAAUAUCAAAUUAUGUGACUUUGGAUCUGCUACUAUUGAAACAUUCAGUCCAGAUAUGUCAUGGUCCACUAAUCAAAGGUCAUCUCUGGAAGAAAGUAUGGCCAGUUUUACAACUCCCAUGUAUAGAGCACCAGAAAUGGUAGAUACCUGGAGUAAUUAUUUUGUUGGCCCUCCAGUUGAUGUUUGGGCUUUGGGAUGUAUAUUGUACACAUUAUGUUAUAUGAAGCAUCCAUUUGAGGAUGGAGCAAAACUAAGAAUUAUUAAUGGAAAUUACACCAUACCACCUGAUUCACGAUACACUUGCUUUCACAACAUUAUAAAGGGAUGUUUACAAGUUGAUCCAAAACAGAGGCUCACCAUUCUGGGUGUCUUAGAACAAAUUGCAGCUGUUGCUGAGACAAAAAACUACAACUUAAAAGCACCAAUUAAUAUAAAAAUAAAGCAAAACAUUCAGAAUAAUGUUAAUAAUACAGAAAGAAAUGUUCCCCCUGCAAGACCAGCACCUCCCUCCCCAGCUCAUCAAACAAAUCAACCUCCACGCCCACCACAAGCAGUACCUCAGAGGUCCCUUCAUCAGUCUCCUCAUAGACAACCACCUCCUCAACAAAAACAACAUCAACAACAAUAUCAAAGUGAACCUUCAAAAUCUUAUUCUUCACCUUCAUCGGGUUUGUUUUCUUCCAUAAGAGGAGGUGCGGGAAGUUUCCUGAAAAAUUUAAAGGACACCAGCUCUAAAGUGAUGCAAACUAUGCAACAAUCAAUAGCACGAACAGAUCUGGAUAUUUCUUAUGUUACUUCUAAAAUAUUAGUAAUGCCCUUUCCAUCUGAAGGAAUUGAAUCCACCUAUAGAACAAAUCAUAUUGAAGAUGUAAAGUUAUUCUUGGACUCGAGACAUCCAAACUUUAAGUAUUCAGUGUACAAUUUGUCCAGGCGUACUUAUCAAUCAAAAUUUGGUCAGGCAAGGAUUGUUGAUUGCAGUUUUGCAUACCCUGAACAUUACAAGGCUCCUUUACUUAACUCAUUAUACCAAAUCGUAGAAGAUAUUUACCAGUACAUGGAAGGCGACAGCAGAAAUGUUGUAGUAGUUCAUUGCAUGGAUGGCAAAGCGACUUCGGCAACAGUCGUAUGCGCUCUUUUGUUGUAUGCUGGCCUAUUCGAAAUACCAGAAGAUUCUCUUCAACUUUUCGCCGUCAAGCGAACGCCCCCUAAUAUGGGUCCUUCUCAACUUCGAUAUUUGUACUAUUUAUCGGACAUUAUAAAAAAUCCUCCACUUUACCCUCAUUCUAAACCGAUUACAAUAGUUUCUCUAGUUAUGCAACCAAUUCCCCUUUUUACUAAAGUGAGGGAUGGUUGCCGACCGUAUGUAGAAAUAUAUAGUGAAAAUAGAUGUAUUUUAUCUACAUUAGAAGAAUAUGAAAGAAUGCGUCUCUAUAAUUAUACUGAAGGAAAGUGUCUAAUACCGUUAAGUGCUAACGUAUGCGGAGAUGUCUGCAUUGCCGUCUAUCACGCAAGGAACGUAUUAGGGGGAGUCAUGAGUCAGGGUAAAGCUACGGGUAUAAAAAUAUGUAAAAUUCAAUUCCAUACAGGGUUCAUUUCUGAAGAGGAGACCUGCAUUCGUUUUCCAAAGAAUGAAUUAGAUAGUUUAGCUGAGGGAAACGAUCAUUAUCAAGAUGGAUUCACAAUCAUUUUGAACGUAUUUGUAUCAGAUACAGAAAGAAAACCAAGUCAACCACCACCUUGGAUAAAAGAUAACACCACUCGUUCUCCCGAUGUUCUUUUUAGUUCGCAGCUAGAAAAAGACGAAAUUGUUGAUAAUUUCGUAAGUAAGCAAACAAGGCCUUCAAAACCUGCUCCAAAACCGCAAAGACCAGCGCCUCCGUCACCAAAGCCUGCCCACGUUGUUCAAGAAGAAGUUAAAGAAACAAGCGAUUCAUAUUUUGAACCUGUUUUAUCUUCAAAAGAGCCUAAACCUUCCCAGACUUUGGAAGAGGCUGUUGAUUUUCUUAACUUAAAUGUCGAUGUCACUGCAACAAAUACAGCAACUUCUACAUCAGCAAGCACUAAUUUCGAUCUUCUAAGUGAUUUAGCAAGUAAUAGUGACUCUUUUCAAACUUACGCCGCCCCUUCUAAUGAUGAUGCAAACGAUAAAAAAAGUGUUACUGAUUUUUUCGAUCCGUUUGGGAAUUUGGAAGGGGUAGGUAAUGAACCGACUCUUUUGGGCAAUUGGAGUGGUACUACUAACGUCCAGCCAACUUUCACCCCACCUAUAAAUACUUCACAAACUUCCGAAACGCAGCCAAAACCCAAGGACUUAUUUGCUGAUUUUGCAAAUUUGGGAACUUUGAAUAGUCAAUGGGCUACCCAACAACAAACAUCAACAAAUGGGUCUCAUUCACCGUUUCGUGCUCCUCCUACUACUCCACAGCAUAUGCCUUCCACUUCUCCCCAACACGGUUCGUCUAUGUUUAUGAAUAUGGGUUCUACAUCAACUGAUAUGGGUAAUUCCCCAAAAGUAUCACCAAAUCUAACUCCUCAACAUCAAGCUAAAUCGCCUGCUGAUUUACGACCUGAUUAUAAUAGAGCUCACUUUGAUAAUGCUUUUGGUAAAAAGGAACCACCUGUGGCGGCCAAUUCAAAAGUGAAAUCGGCAGAUGUUUUCGAAGAUUUGUUAGGUUCGCAAGGGUUUCAGUUCACAAGUAAAAAGGACAAUUCCCCUAGAACUAUUAAUGAAAUGAGAAAAGAAGAAUUAGCAAAAGAUAUGGAUCCUGAGAAAUUAAAAAUUUUGGAGUGGGUUGAAGGGAAGAAGGGUAACAUUCGUGCUCUACUUUGCUCAGUCCACACCGUUCUAUGGGAUGGCGCAAAAUGGCACAAAUGUGAAAUGCACCAACUUGUGACUGCGGCAGAUGUUAAAAAGGCCUACCGUAAGGCAUGCUUGGCGGUACAUCCUGACAAGCAAGCUGGAACAGAAAACGAGAAUAUUGCAAAAUUAGUUUUUAUGGAACUUAAUAACGCAUGGACCGACUUCGAAAAUGAUGCAUCACAGCAAAACAUGUUUGCUAGUUAAACUGAAUAUACAUUACAAGUAUUAACUCUUUGCCGUAAAAAAAUGCAUUCCAGUAGUAAAAGCAUCUGCAUUGGCGUUAAUCUGUCUUUAGAGAUAGACCCCAAACACGAUUAAAUUAUUUAAAAAUGUAUUUAAUGCUGUAUGU